UGUUGUUGAUAUCUGAUUGAUUGACAACCACACACAGUCAGAAUCGGAGCGCGCUUACGACUUCUGAAAACUCCCUAAUAACAGAUUAUUAUUUACCUUUCUUUUUUGUGAAGGCGAGAAGGAGAUAACUCCUCAACGAGCAUAUAACGUCCCUCUCGCGGCUCGUGCUUCAGUUGACAUCCGUUAGUUGCAUUUCAAACAGUGCUGGACUGGUAGCAGCGGAACGAAGAGGUGACAUAGGGACCCCGUUUGGAAAGUUUCAGAAGAUGGCGGCUGGACCGCACGUGCUGGUGCUGCUGAUUCUGUCGAUCACUGCGACGCAAGGUGAAUACAUCGAGUGUCCCGACCGCUCUUAUUGCCCUGCCAAGACAACCUGCUGCCUCUUAACAACUGGUCAGUAUGGCUGCUGUCAUAUCGAACACGCUGUGUGUUGUACCGGCCACGAUGCUUGCUGUCCCGAGGGUUAUCGCUGCCAAGUAUCUACUCAUUCCUGCACGAAAGGUUCUACAAGUAUUGCAAUGUCAGAGAAGAGUCCAUCUCUCUCUCUGGACGUGGUGCUUGCCAUACAGCGUGAAUACAUCGAGUGCCCCGACCGCUCUUAUUGCCCUGCCAAGACAACCUGCUGCCUCUUAACAACUGGUCAGUAUGGCUGCUGUCAUAUCGAACACGCUGUGUGUUGUACCGGCCAGGAUGCUUGCUGUCCCGAGGGUUAUCGCUGCCAAGUAUCUACUCAUUCCUGCACGAAAGGUUCUACAAGUAUUGCAAUGUCAGAGAAGCGUCCAUCUCUCUCUCUGGACGUGGUGCUUGCCAUACAGCGUGAAUACAUCGAGUGCCCCGACCGCUCUUAUUGCCCUGCCAAGACAACCUGCUGCCUCUUAACAACUGGUCAGUAUGGCUGCUGUCAUAUCGAACACGCUGUGUGUUGUACCGGCCACGAUGCUUGCUGUCCCGAGGGUUAUCGCUGCCAAGUAUCUACUCAUUCCUGCACGAAAGGUUCUACAAGUAUUGCAAUGUCAGAGAAGCGUCCAUCUCUCUCUCUGGACAUGGUGCUCUCCUUACAGAGUUCUGAAGUCACGUGCCCCGAUCAGACCAGGUGUCCAGGAGGCAGGACCUGCUGCAAGACAGAGGAUGGGAAGUACAGUUGCUGCCCGUUUUCAGAAGCAGUGUGUUGCGAUGACGGAGUCCACUGCUGCCCCACAGGACACCAGUGCAACCCCGAGGAGGGUAGCUGCGAAAGCAAUGAGAAGAACGAAAUAGUGUCGAUGCUCAAGAAGUUCCCAAGCACUCCAGCGCCCUAGUUUUCUUUUCUCAUAAUUGCGCAUGUGAUUUAAUGUUUCCUGUAAUGUUGCUAUACUUUUACUAACACGAUAAGUUCUGUGACCAUAAUUCAUUGUUUUGUUUGAGAAUAAAUGGGAUAAGUCGCUCAAAAAAGCAGGAAAAUGAAAAAAAAAAUUACAUCGAUACUGGCGAUAGUACCGUACGCUCCGAAUGCUUUAUGCAGAUCAGUCUGAGACAGAUAUUUUGGUAGAUGGCCCAGCCAUAGCGUUGCACUGCAAACUGAACAAUUCAAUGUAGUAAGCGUUUUUCUUCUCUUUUACAAAUUGAUCAAUCAAGUGGGAUAAGGUUGCGUGUGGGGUUUGCUGCUACGAAUACACUAAUAAAAGCAGUUGUCAAUCUUGCCCCGAUCUUGUUUUUACAGAGUGAAUACUAAUGGCGAAUUCACGUGGUCAUUUAUUUUGA